UCGCCAACUGGCUCGCGUCGAUAGUCGAUGGCGCACACCCGUGUCCAAGAUGGCGUCGCUCGUUGACAACUACGAGCAGCAGUACGCCGUUCUGACAGCUGACAUCACCGCAAAAAUCGGCCGGAUUAGGAUCCAGAGCGGCGGUGAGAAAAGGGCUUUCAUCCAGGAUGUGGACCGGCAAAUUGAGGAGGCGCAAGAGCUGCUGGAGCAAAUGGAACUGGAGGUUCGUGGGAUGAACGGAACGGCACGCGAUCGUCUGCGUGGUCGCGUAGAGAGCCACAGAGCCGAACUGAAACGCCUGACGCAAGAAUUUCAAACAGCAAAGAAACCAAAGGAGGACGUUACGGAGAUCACGGUGGAGGAGUCAUGGGAUAAUAAUGUGACGGAAGACCAAAGAAAAAGACUGCUGGACGCCUCUGAAAGAAUAGAACGGUCGGGGCGAACGUUACAGAAUGGUUAUCGCAUGGCAUUGGAAACUGAGGAGAUUGGCUCUCAUGUGCUGAAGGAGCUUCAUGAUCAGCGGGAAACGAUACAGCGAGGCAGAGGGAGGUUACGCGAAACAGAUGCGGAGUUGGGACGAGGGUCUCGAUUGUUAUCGGGAAUGAUCUUUCGAAGCCUUCAACAGAGAAUUAUUUUGGCAGGAGUAGCAUUAGUACUUAUAAUUGUCGCGUGCAUUGUGAUAUACUAUAGUUUUAAGAGUUAAAGAACAGACAUUUUUUUUCUUCGGUCAGAUCCACCAAGAUGUGGUUUGGAAGUCGUAUUUAUUAUCAGAGACUUCAAAAUGUUAUUUCUAUCAAAUUGCGAGGUAAUUCUGUAUUAUAUCGUCUAGCAAACUUUCGAACUUGUUUGUCACAUUUUGCUACAGAUUACUGGUCUCUUUCCCGUAUUCUCCCAUCGAUUUGACCAGCAUCGGACGACUGAACCAUGAUCUCUUAUACAAAACCAAUGUCUCAAGCGAGCGAGCAAGCAAAACUGGCAAAAUGUCACGAAACAAGAACAAAAGAAUCCGUUUAAUUGUUAUGUAAAGUCUUGUAUAAAAAAAUAUUGACCCAUUUUCAUAAGGUGAAUUUUAAAACGGUUUUACGAUUCUUGUCCAUUUUGUACGAAGUUAAUUAAAACUGAAAACUGUAUUGAACCAGUGAAUGAUUACCAAAUGAAUUAUUUUCACAAGUAAACUGGAAAGGAAUCGUAAAACCGUUUGAAUGCUGUUAUCCGAGAAUCUUGAUCAGCGGUUAACAUUGCCCUGCGUCAAGUUCUGAAGAUAUUCCGAACCACACAAAAUAUAUUCAACAAGAAAUGUAUUUAUUAAAUAAUAAUUCAAGGUUCUUCGACGUGCGCCGAAAUUAUCGGCGCACACUGAAAUAUUACCUCUUCCGGGUAAUACUCGAGGAUAUAUUACCUGUUCGAAGUUAACAAACUACUGUGUAAUUGUUGUAAUUUUGACCUGAGCCGUAAUCGGGUGAGUUCACUGCGACGGUUCACUCUACCGGUUAAAAAUGCAUUCUAUAAUUCAUCUCUUACAAUGAGAAUAACAACAGUCACUGUGUUACAUUAUUGAAGUAAUGCGUGGGUAAGGAUCGAAUUGUAAAUACAUUCAUCACCGAAAAAAUAUUCCAAAGGAUGCUUGUAAUUGAGAGAAAGAGAGAAACUAGACGCGCCUAAUAAUAACUCCUUUUAUUACUUGUUAUGUUAUCAUUUACCUUAAGUAGCCUAAACGGUGCUUUUUUUCUCCGUCUGCGUUCCCUAAUGUACCUGUGAAAAUGAUAAUAAAAGUAUCUCGAGGAUA